AUGGUUAUACCGCAACUUAUCGUAAUUGCGUUGCUGUUUUCUUAUAUAAUUCUUGGCUCCGCAGUAUUCGUUCUUACAGAUGGCACAAUGGCCAAUGAAAACUUUACGGAUAUAAUUCUUUUCUCUUUUACUACACUUGCUACAAUCGGAUACGGUAAUAUCAGUCCAACAACUCCUGCAGCUCAGCUAUUUUGCAUUGUAUUUUCAAUUUUUGGCAUUCCAAUGACUUUGCUUACUUUAGCAAAUAUUGGCAAAUAUUUUACAAAAGGAUACUGGAUGAUACUCGUCUGUUUUGGCAAAGAUCUUAGAUGGCGCUCCUGCGAGAAAGCUAAAAUGCCUCUACCUACGGUUCUUUUACUCUUCAUUAUCACAUUUGCAUUUGGAUCAUUAUUAUUCUACAAAAAAGGGAAAGGAUUUUCCGUUGACGAUGUAUAUUUCAGUGUCAUAAGCUUUGCGACGGUUGGAUUCGGUGAUCGAUUUCCAACCGCUGCAGAUCCAUUGCGAUUAAUUGGAAUGAUAUCUUAUUUGAUUUGGGGAAUGGUUUUAAUGACUACAAUGUUUUCUAUUGUGAGCACAUAUUUGAGAACGAUUCACUAUUUGGGUAGAAGUCUUCGAGGAGCCAGAGAUGUUCAUGUAUGGUUCGGAGGGAAAAGCAUGAAAAUUUCCCAACUGCUUGAGAUAGUCGCAACCGAAUUCAAUGCGACACCUCGUCAACUAAAAGGAGUUCUGCGUGAUCUAGACAGGUUGAUAUCAUCAGCUAUUGCUGAAAACCAAAUGCUUUCACGUAAAUCAUCGCGACUUUUCAAGAAUCGCUACACACCUAAAAAGCGAAUAGGAUUUUCACUUCAAGAAGAAUUUCCAGCAGAUGGAAUAAACACGCGAUUCAUUUUUUCAAAAGAAUGUGACAUCAGGCAUCAUGAGACAAUUGAGGAAGAAAAUGUUAUCAUCAACAAAAGCUUUUUUAAAGAACGACAAUCAAUAGAAAGAAGGCAAUCAGUCGAUUUGGGAGAACUUAAUAGACGUAUGAUCGCCAAGUACAGGAUAUAA